AUGAUGCGCUACCUGCUGUGUGCGCUUAGCGCCGUUGCUGCCGUACAAUCCCUAACAACAUCGCAAAUGGAAAACAUUAAGGCCCUGCUCGCUAAUCUCAUUGACACUGCUAACGCCGACAACGAGAGGCCACUGGUUGCCGCUACCGUGCGCCUAGCGUUUCACGAUUGCGUUGGGGGAUGCGACGGCUGCGUUGACUUUUCGCAUGCAGAUAACGCCGGACUUCAGACAGUAGUAGGCUUAUUAGAUGCAAUGUAUGACGAUACAUCCAACGGUAUCAGCGCCCUGAUCUCCCGUGCGGACUUCUACGCUCUGGCAGGUAUAGUGGGCGUGGAGGUGGGGGCUUCCUUACAGCUGCGAUGUGGCCGAAACUGUGUCAAUCCAACCCCCAGCGUCACUUUCCGCUACGGCAGGACAGACUGUAACCCAGCUACAGUCGCCCCGAGGAGCUUUCCUUCCGGUAUCGCCAACCUCACAAAGACGCUGCAGUUCUUCGCCAGUGAAUUUAGCUUCACGUCUCGAGAAACGGUGGCUCUGUUGGGGGCCCACACCCUUGGGGAAGCUCACCGAGAAAACUCUGGAUUCCGGGGCAGGUGGGUUCCUAGGAAAGACUCCUUUGAUAACGACUACUUCGUUAAGCUGGCUGACGGGGGUGGUGUUAGCUGGAGUCAGACGAGUUUGCAAAGAGGAACCCUUUACCAAUGGAACGGAGACGACGCAAGUGGGCGCGGGCACAUGAUGUUGAACAGCGACAUGGUUCUUUACAGGGAUAUCAGCCCAAAUGCCACUACCGGCCAAACCCUGACUUGCCCUACGAACGUGGCCCUGUGCCCCUAUGCCGCCACCAAGGACAUUGUGGAGGAGUUUGCAGCCGAUAACGCCGGGUGGAUGGCGGAGUUUUCCGAUGUGUUCGAGAAGAUGAUCGAACACGGGAGUACAAACCUGCAGCUCCCAGCAUAG